UUUUGACUCUGGGACUCUCCCUUUUUCCCUUUCCUCAUUCAUUCAUGUCUUCCAAAGCGAUUCGCGAGUACGAUGCCAAACUUUUACUCUCUUACUGGCUCACUCGCUCCCCUUUGAUCAACCCUUCCCUUCAACUUGGUCCAUCUGCAACCCCCGAUUAUCCUCGCGUUGCUCAGAUCCUUUGUGACGAAGAAACCAGAUCUCUCACUCCAGUAGAUGCCCUGCCGCGAUGGGUUUCCGAGUCUGGCAUCAAACUCGUCGCAAAACCUGAUCAACUCAUCAAACGACGAGGAAAGGCUGGCCUUCUUGCUCUCAACAAAACCAAGGGCGAGGCCUACGAUUGGAUCUCUGAACGUGCUGGAAAGAUACAAAAGGUCGAGUCUGUUUCCGGUCCUCUCACUUCCUUCAUCCUCGAGCCCUUCAUUCCCCAUCCGUCCAACACCGAAUUCUACGUCUGUAUCAACUCUUCCCGUGAAUACGACACCAUUCUCUUCACUCACGAAGGCGGUGUCGAUGUCGGCGAUGUCGACGCCAAAGGUCUCAAACUCAACAUCCCCGUCACCACUUCCACCAAAACUCAGACUUUCCCUCACAAACAAGUCAUCAAGGACACCUUGUUGACCCAUGUCGACUCUGAAGAAAAGAAGGACGCUCUCGUUGAUUUCCUCGUCAGACUCUACAGUGUUUACGUUGACCUCCACUUUGCCUACCUCGAAAUCAACCCUCUCAUCUGCUUGGGUUCCAAGGACAGCAAAUCUGGCAAGGUUGAAAUUCACUACAUCGACAUGGCUGCCAAGCUCGAUCAAACCGCCGAAUCCAUCGUCGGUCAAAAGUGGGCCAUCGCACGUGAUCUCACCAUCUACGAGUCUUCCGGUGCCACUGGCGCUGCUACUUCUAGCGGUGGCAAGGGUGUCAUCAAUGCCGACCGUGGUCCUCCAAUGGUCUUCCCUGCUCCCUUUGGCCGUUCCCUCACUAAGGAUGAAGCCUACAUUCAGAAAUUAGACGCUUCUACCGGUGCUUCUCUCAAACUCACCGUCCUUAACCCCGAGGGUCGUAUCUGGACCAUGGUUGCCGGUGGUGGUGCAAGUGUUGUCUACAGUGAUGCUAUUGCUGCGGCUGGCUUCGCAAGCGAGCUUGCCAACUAUGGUGAAUACUCGGGUGCCCCUACUGAAGGUCAAACCUACGAAUACGCCAAGACCAUCCUCGACCUCAUCACCCGUGGUAACCCCCACCCCAAGGGAAAGAUUCUCAUCAUCGGUGGUGGCAUCGCCAACUUUACCAACGUCGCCGCUACCUUCAAGGGCAUCAUCCGCGCUCUCAAAGAAUUCAAGCAACAGCUUAUCAAUGCUCACGUCAAAAUCUUUGUCCGUCGUGGGGGCCCCAACUACCAGGAAGGUCUCAAAGCCAUGAGACUCCUCGGUGAAUCUCUCGGCGUACCCAUUCGUGUCUUUGGUCCUGAAACCCACAUCACUGCCAUUGUUCCUCUCGCUCUUGGCGUCGAAGUUAAGAAGACCGUCUCCGUCCCCAAGAGCGUUCAACCCACCGCUCCUGGUUCCCCUCGUGAACCGACUGUUGAAUCCGUUCCCGAAGACCCCGUCGGUACCAUCAAGUCUGAUGGUUCUCGUACUCAACCGGGGGACCAGAUCGUCCACUUUGAGAAUGCCACGACCUCCAAUCCAUCUAAACGUCCGUGGUACCUGCCAUUUGAUAAUAACACCCGUUCCUUCGUGUACGGUCUCCAACCUCGCGCUAUCCAGGGCAUGUUGGACUUUGACUACUCUUGUGGUCGUUCCACUCCUUCUGUAGCGGCCAUGAUCUACCCCUUCGGCGGACAUCACAUUCAAAAGUUCUACUGGGGAACCAAGGAGACUCUGUUGCCCGUCUACACCUCGGUCAAGGAAGCCGUCGCCAAACACCCUGAAGUUGACGUCGUCGUCAAUUUUGCUUCCAGUCGUAGCGUCUUGGGCAGCACCAUGGAGAUUCUCAAGACUCACUCCGACAAGAUCCGGUGUAUCGCCAUCAUCGCAGAAGGUGUACCUGAACGUCACGCUCGUGAGAUCCUCUGGGAAGCCAAUGAGCGCAAAGUCCUCAUCAUCGGUCCCGCCACUGUCGGCGGUAUCAAAGCUGGAUGUUUCAAGAUCGGUAACUCUGGUGGUAUGAUGGAUAACAUCAUCGCUUCCAAACUUUAUCGAGCUGGUUCUGUGGGCUACGUCUCUAAAUCUGGAGGCAUGUCCAACGAGCUCAACAACAUUCUCUCCCUCACUACCAACGGUACCUAUGAAGGUAUUGCCAUUGGUGGUGAUCGCUAUCCCUCUUCGACUUUCAUCGACCACUUGUUGCGCUACGAAGCCGACCCCGCUUGCAAACUCCUCGUUCUGUUGGGCGAAGUCGGAGGCGUUGAAGAGUAUCGAGUCAUCGAAGCCGUCAAGGCUGGUAAAAUCCGUAAACCCAUCGUUGCUUGGGCCAUCGGUACAUGUGCCAAGAUGUUCACUACCGAAGUCCAGUUCGGACAUGCAGGAUCUUUGGCCAACUCUGAUAUGGAAACCGCAGAGGCCAAGAACCGUGCCAUGAAGGAGGCAGGAUUCCUUGUUCCAGAUACGUUCGAGGAUCUCCCUGUAUUACUCGGGGAGGCCUAUCAAUCGUUGGUAGCAAAUGGAACGAUUACUGAAAUUCCUGAGCGUGACCCGCCGGCUAUCCCGAUGGACUAUAAAUGGGCGCAGGAACUUGGGUUGAUUCGUAAACCUGCGGCGUUCAUCUCGACCAUCUCUGAUGAGCGGGGACAAGAAUUGUUGUACGCCGGGAUGCGUAUUUCGGACGUGUUCAAGGACGAAAUCGGACUUGGAGGUGUCGUUGCACUGUUGUGGUUCAAGAGACGUUUACCACCGUGGGCGACCAAGUUUGUUGAGAUGGUAUUGAUGUUGACGGCUGACCAUGGACCUGCGGUGUCGGGAGCGAUGAAUACGAUUGUAGCGACGAGAGCUGGGAAGGAUCUGAUUUCUUCGUUGGCGAGUGGAUUGUUGACAAUUGGAAGUCGAUUCGGAGGAGCUUUGGAUGAGGCUGCCAGUAUGUUCUCAAAUGCGAGGGAUACGGGCUUGACGCCGAGAGAGUUUGUGGAUGAGUCGAGAAAGGCGAAUAAGCUUAUCUCUGGUAUUGGCCACAAGAUCAAAUCCGUCAACAACCCCGAUUUGCGUGUCGAAUUGGUUAAGGAGUAUGUCCGCAAAAAUUUCCCGGCACACAGUCUGUUGGACUACGCGCUUGCAGUGGAGAAAGUGACGACGUCGAAGAAGGACACGCUCAUUCUCAACGUCGAUGGAUGUAUAGCGGUUUGCUUCGUCGAUCUCCUUCGUGACAGUGGAGCUUUCACACCCGAGGAGGCUGAUGAGUACAUCAAGAUCGGAGCUCUCAACGGUCUAUUCGUCCUUGGUCGUUCGAUCGGUUUCAUCGGUCAUCAUCUCGACCAGAAGCGUCUCCGUGCCCCGCUCUACAGGCACCCAGCCGAUGACAUAUUCAUCAACAUGGCGGACGUGUCGCAGCCUCGUGUGUUGGGGAAGAUGCACUAAGAGCGUUGAUUUCAAGUUAUCGUGAUUUUUUUUGCCUUUGUAAAUUUUCGCUCGCUCGUCUUUCCUUUUUUCGCUUGCUUCGCUACUGAGGAAACAAAAUAAAGAGAUGUACAUGAUGACAACAAAUCGUACCUCGCAUGCCUGCUUAGAACUAGAACGUUGUAGUUGGUGGGUUGUGGAAACUAACUACAUAGUAUAUAAUGAUAGUGGCUUCACGGCAAUAGAUAAUUUCAUCCACAAUAUUGAUAUUAGUGGGAAACCUGGAAUUCUACUAAGCGGUACAAAACGG